UCCGCCGAGCUCUGAACUCUAAACCCCCGCAGUUCUGUUCAAUGAGAGCACAACAUAACAUAAUAUCGAAAGUACAUUAGUGAUCGCUUUGACGGUUCACAACCUUAACAGGGAAUAAUUUUCCGAGGCAUAAGGAAUUCCGAUGAAUAUUCGGUGCAGUUGAUGAUCCGUGGCGUUUACACAGUCUGUCCGGAGUGAGAGACCGUAGAGGCUGAACCCACUGCAGCUGAUGUUCUCAGGGACCCGAGUCACGUGAUGUACGAAGGUAAACACAUCCAUUUCUCAGAGGUGGAUAAUAAGCCGCUGUGCUCCUAUAGCCCCAAACUCUGCAAGCAGCGCAGGUUGAACGGAUACGCCUUCUGCAUUCGUCAUGUUCUGGAGGACAGAACUGCUCCGUUUAAACAGUGCGAAUAUGUGGCCAAGUACAACAGUCAGCGAUGCACCAACCCCAUCCCCAAAGCAGAAGAGCGAAGAUACUGUAACAGCCACCUACAGGUGCUUGGCUUCAUCCCCAAGAAGGAGCGUAAGAAGAAGCAGGAUGCUCUGGAGGAGGUUCGUGCCCGCGCUCACGUGGAGUCUGUGGCUCUGAACAUCACCGUUCCCUCUCUGGCUCUGAGAGACUCUAAUGGGCUGGACGGCCUCCCUCCGUCCACACCCUGCUCCCGUCUGACACCAAUGCCUCUCUCGGACUCCGACUUCCUCGACCCCUUUGCCUUCUACGAGGAGGACACAGAUGGAGAGGAAAGCGUGGCACAGAAGAGCUCCAUCAAGAGGAGGCCACCCAGCAGACCAGUGAUUGGCCUGAGGGUGACCGCCCGGGACCCAGAACACCGUCAGCCGGACAUCGAGCACUUUAGCACCGUCACUGAACCCUGCACACUUCCAGCCUCCCCACAUCCAUCACCUCCUCCACCGCCUCCGCCUCUGCCUCAACCCUUGGCGAGGCUUGUCCAGCCCCCUCAACAUACAGAUCAACAUGGGGCAGUGCAGUCUCUGCUAUGCAAUCCAGCUCCACCUCAGACUGGGCCUCCUGUUUUGUCUGCUCUGCUCCCGUCAGCUGGGGUUCAGAACCAGUCUGUUAGCCGGAGACCUGUCCCUGCUGCAUCCCCUGACCCAGCUGCUGGCCAGGACUGCUCACAGCCCCGCGCCGUGGCCAUGUGCCCCACUGCCUUUACAGCACCCCCUGUCUGCCUGCUCAGACUGCAGCACCUCGUGCAGCUCUACGCUCAGAGACACAGAGAGCACGGAGACCUGUUCCCACAUCUUGGGCUCGACUGGUCUGAGGACAGUACAGAUGAUGAAGAUACAGAGGAGCUUGUUCCUCUAAUGCCUCAGGCCUGGAGACUUCAGGAAAGAAGCUCCCAUCAAAGCUCCUCCAAUGAAAAGCCGUUUUCUAGGCGGGCACGUCUGGCGCAGCUAUGUACAUACCUGCAAGAGAGGUAUAAACACUUGUGCCGACAGGACAGGGCAGCCACCCGUCACAGCAGAUACCGAUAUGCCUUCCGGAAAGCUCUGCUUCAUGCUGCAAGCAAAGACCCAGACUGCACUGCACAGCUCAUUCAGAAACUCAGCAAGAGCUCACAGACCUCACCCUGUUCAAGGUCUGCAGUACCACACAAGUAUGAAAGGACAGUGUGUACAGGAACCACACCGGGUCAAAGCUGCAGCAACAUAGCGUUACCAUUUUCACGUCACUGUUUUCAACAUAUCCUGUUGAAUCGCUCUCAGCAUCUGUUCUCCAGUUGCACGGCACGGUUCGCUGAUGGGCAGCAGUGCUCUGUUCCUGUGUUUGACAUCACUCACCAAACACCUCUUUGUGACGAGCAUGCCAAGAAAAUGGAUAAUUUCCUGCGUGGGGAUGGCAACAGACGCAGUCACCAGCAGCAGCAGCGGCGGCCACGUAAAAAGACCAAGCCACCUGCACUGACAAAGAAACACAAAAAGAAGAGAAGACGAGGUCCACGCAGACCGCAGAAGCCAAUUCCACCUGCUGUGCCACAGGGCAAUUUGUUAAUGCCCUCCCUGUCACUGUCCCCUCACCACACAAAUGUCAGCAGGAGCCCGUCAACCCCUGAACUCAGUGCAGACGAGCUUCCUGACGAUAUAACGAAUGAAAUGCCUGCCAUUCCCAAUGAUCUUGAGCUGAAUCAGGAGGAUUUCUCUGAUGUACUGCCCAGACUACCUGAUGAUCUUCAGGAUUUCGACCUUUUUGAGGGCAAGAAUGGAGAGUUGUUGCCCACCACAGAGGAGGCCGAGGAGCUGGUCAGAGCCCUGCAGGCCAUGGGGUCGUAUCCCGACUCCCUGGUGUGUUUGUCCUCAAUGGGUGAACUGACCCCAGCGGAUGGGGUAGACCACCGAACCAUGGCCGUGUUCUCGGGGUCAGGGGUCACAGUGACUGGCAUCGGAGAUCUUCUGAACGGCCGAAUGACUUCGGAGACUUUUCCCAGUCUAGAGCUGGAGGGAAACCUCCUGCACGCCCCGACAGACCAUCAUUUCCCAACGUCCUCUUCUCCCCAGCCAACCCAGAGCAGUGUCACCACACCCUCUAGAAGUCCCAAUGGUGGGUUAACAGAACGAACGUUUUCCCAAGCUCCCAAACCCGACUCGUCCCCACCUGGCAGUCAUUACAGCAGCGCGCAUGUGCCAUCUCCCUACAAGGAUCACAUCUCACCCCUACAUGGUGCCUCUUUUCAAACCGACCUGCCUCUCUUGCUGGAGGUGCCUUUGAGUGGAGCACCAGGCCCUCCACGCACCUCCUGGAAUAACCUCCCUCUCUCGCUCACAGACCCGUCACAGUUCGGUAACCUCCUCUCUGCUGAAACGCACCUGCUCUCAACCGCUCUGUCCACACCACCCUCCACAUCCCACUCCACCAUCCUGCAGCCCACCGCUGCUCUCUCCGUUCUACCCCAACCUGGCCUGACCGGCCUCACCUCACCCUCAUCCUCACCGUCUUCGCGGGACCUUCUCACCCCCAUCCAACCUAAACUACAGCUCCCACAGUUUAGUGCAGCCUUCGGCCACCAACUGGCUUCCCACAGUGGGAUCCCCAAAGACCUGCAGCCCAGCCAUAGCUCGACAGCGCCACCUACAGGCUUUACCAUCACCAGUGCCACUGCUGCCACUCCCCCGUUCCCUCAGAGCAAUUGAGUCUGCUUAAAGAGACCAUCCCAUCUCACAUUUUGAGAUAGCUCAUGAUUUUCUUUUGGCAAGAAAGGAGAAGUUCUGAACAAUGUUCACUUACUGCUCUUUAAUUAUGCAGUGUUGUUAAGCUCCAAGAAAGUGCUGCCCUUGUGUACCGCUAUACUUCUAUUUUUCAGUAAGUUCCACAUACUGUCACUGACUGUAUUUGAAUUUCCACUAAGCCCAUCGGUCUGAACAGAAAAUCUAAUCUGUGUGAACAGGCCUUUAAUGACUUCAAUUCCAAUCUGUUCCUAACACAUAGCUAUCAAUAUGUCUUUAGAAUACAUGGAAUUUAGUGCACAAAUCAUGUGGACAUCUUUUACAGUGCUAUCAGUCUACAUUCACUUUAAUUACAUGGAGAAGAGCAGUCUGAACAUUGUUGGAAACAUCUCCUUUUAUGUUCUUCAGAAGAAAGUAUGGGUUUAAGGGUUAAUCUUUUGGGUGAACUAACUCUUUAAGUCUCAUCACCAACAGCCCUGUGUAUCACUGGCACCACAGAUCAGCAGCAGAUUUGAGUCUUUCUGUACACUGAUCUCUGCUUGGUCUGUCAACAGUGUCUUCAAGACAGUGUUUGUUGUUGUAGUGAUCCAAGAGUUAUGUGUUGCCCACAUUUACCCCUUUUCCACCAAACGGUGCUAUUGUAGGAGCUGGUGCUCAGCUAAGCUAUGUUUUUCAUUGGAAACAUGCAAAAUUGUGUCAGGCACCAGCACUGUGUCAGUGGAAAAGGGGUGAUGGUCUGUUGUACUAAGGAACAUAUUCUAUCAUAUGACUUAUUCCAUUAGUAUGUAUUCCUACAAUGGGAGUAGCAGGUGGUUGGUUGGCUUGAGUCUUUGAGAUAGGAACGUGCUGAUGUGUGUUGGCUGGAGAAAGAGCAGGGCAGGACUGUUGUUUAUACUUGGUAUUAGCAUCUGUCUUCGGUAAUCUGAUCACAAUUGCUCAACUGAGGAAUUAUGGUUAAUGUGCAUUUCCUUUUAAUUUAUCGCCACUUAACAAUGGAUUUUUUUUGUCGAGGGAAAUCAUACUGUGAUUUUAUUUUUUAUAUUUUUCCUCAUUCAAGAAGAUAUCACUUUGAUAUACAUCACAAUAGGGAAGAAAAUCUGAUUGCAAUAAGGUCAACUUUAUAGUUAUACCUAGCAUGCAAAAUUUCAGCCCAUUGAUUAGCUCAGCAUUACAUGAGAAGGUGGACAAGGAUGCAUCAGUGUAAUGUGAUGUGGCAUCUCUGAAAGUGUGAUCGGAUGACCCAAGAUGAAUACCGAGUGUAAAAACUGACCAUCAGUGAGCACACUGACACUGUCAUGGUGGCACUGAAGUUGUACAUCUUUCAGCCUGAUUUCAGACAGUAGCCCAAAAUGAACUCUGACACAGCCAACAACCCUCCUAUCAUUCUGUCUCUAUGUAACAGAAGCUAAGCUUGAUGUGGUCUCGAGAGAAUCCACCAUACGACUUGUAAUCAGGACACAGAUCAGUAUGAUUCAUUCUUGGGAUUUUGCACAUGCUCGGUGGACCAAGCCUGGACUGCUCACGUCACAACGUUUAUUAAAGCAAUAAUCUCCUCAGCAGAGUCACUCAUGCCAAUCUUCAGGUGUGGCUUACUCCCAGCAGCCUCUGCUCUCGAUGAAAACUGCUGGAUCUCAUUCUCCUUAUCGGUUCCAUUUAUGGCUUAACUGUUGAUUGACAGCAAAGAUCUCAACCUCGACUUUGCUGAUCUUGCAGAAACACUGUCGUUCAGUGAAGAGUAAACACAACAAUGACACUUUGAGGUAAUAUUUUGCCAAAUAUAUGGGUUCAAAUGUUUUUGUUCUUCAUGGUGCUUAAUCAGUUUAGGACCUCGUUUGGUCUUUCUAAUACAAGAGCCCUUGGUGGCAAGGUUUCAGAUGGAAGGAAUGGGUGGCGGGAGAGUUGAUGUCAUCGGUUUGUUUUGCGGAUAUUUGGUGCAAUUUCUGUGGAGAAUGGUUUGUGAAGCCUGAUGGUUCUUCUCCAGACUUCCACAGAAGAAUCAGGUUCAAACUCAGCCAUUUUUAGCCACCGUCAGUCAGCCUUACGCCACGUGGGACCAAUGUUCCCUGCUCAUUUCAUUUCUCUUUUGAAGAUAGACAACAGGAAAACCAAGGGUUUUGGUAGAUUUUAGACACUGAAUGAUUCUCUCAUGUAUUGUUAAGUAUUAAAUAUAUUUAUAGAAUAGAAACCUCUAGAUUGGGUUUUAUUGGUUGAAUUGAGUGGCGAAAGAUAAAUAUGAGAUUUAAAAAAAGAAAAUGGCCAUUUGCAACAUACUUGGUGGAGCUGAAGCAUUUAGUGGCAUAAUGUUUGGUAGUUUUAAUGGCUAUCAAAAUUCUUGUGAUGAAUCAUUUUUAUUGAUUGAUGUUGUGUAUCCGUGUCAUUUAUUUGGAUGAAAUACUGUGAUCAUGUGCAGCAGUAUUUUUGAUAGCUAUCAAAACAGUGGUCGACAUUAAAGAUAUUAAAGACAUUAAACCACAACCCUUACACACACUUAUCAUGUUCCUAUCUCACUAAUAAAAUGAAUAAAAAAAACUAAAUAAUGGGUCUCAUUCAUGAAAAACCUGGAGAAUGAAAGUGAAAAUCAUUUGAGAAUCCAUUCUUAUGUAAAUCAUUACAUUGAGAUCAAAUCCAAUGUGAAAAACUGAAUUGAAAUCUAAAAUCCAGUGAGAGUUUACGUAAGAAUGGUUUUAGAUUCAGUUCAGUCUCACAUAAACUGUUGCAUUCACUCCGAUGAUUGAAUUUGAAUUAUUCAUAGAACCAUUCUUGUGUAAGACAUUGACAUGAAAGUGGUUUUAUGAUGAUUUACACACAUUCUUUCUGCCGGUGUUUCAGGAACGAGAUCAUUUGUGUGCCAGAAUGAUCACAGGAAUACUGGAGCCGUUUGGCCAUCUCCUAAUUUUGACCAUUUUGAAACCUCCUUAAGUGAAUCUCAAGAUUUGUCUGUAGUGACAAAACAUUGCUUGUUUUCUUGGUCAUCUCCCUUAAACUUCCUGUGGUCAGCUGCACUUUCACCUGCUUUGUGUUCCACAGGUUCUAAAUUACUUUUCUUGUGCAAAAGCCUGAUACUUGUGAACAAGAGUUGUCUUUGUUUGUUGGUUCUCCCCAUCAAUGUUCAUCACUUGUGACAUGCCUUUUUGUUUCUCUAUUGAGCUGAAAUGCUGUGUGCAGUCCAAGUUUUUACCGUGUUACUACUGUGUGAAUGACAGCAGGUCCGCUGCACGGAGAAAACCCCCUGACAAAAGUCGCUUGCACUCUGCGUCUAGAUGGCUGACUGAUUCCUAUACUCACUGAAUGUACUGUAGAACC